GGGCGCGGCCGCAGUUCGGGCCCGGUCGGCGCCGCUCGGGUUAUUACGUCACCGCAGGGGCAGGGCCCCGCCUUAUGACGUCACGGCCGCCCCCGCCCCCCCACGCAUGGCGGCGGAGGAGGGGAAGUUGUUCGUGGGGGGUCUCAACUACGACACGGACGAGCAGGGCCUGGAGCAGCACUUCAGCUCCUUCGGGCCCAUCUCCGAGGUGGUGGUGGUGAAGGACAGGGAGACCCAAAGGUCCCGAGGUUUCGGUUUCGUCACCUUCACCAACCCCGAGCACGCCAGCGACGCCAUGCAGGCCAUGAACGGCGAGUGCCUGGACGGGCGGCAGAUCCGGGUGGAUCACGCCGGGAAAUCGCCCCGAGGAGCCCGGGGGGGCUACGGGGGCAACCGGGGCCGGGGCCGCGGCUACGGGAGAGGAGGAGGCGACCGAGGCUACGGCGGCCGCUACGACGGGCGCAGCGGGGGGGGUGGGCCACGCCCGGCCUGGCCCCUUUAA